AUGAACUUGAGUCAGCUGGAGUAUAAUGGCGGGUCCCUGACUGCCCUAAACAGAGGAGAUGAAGAAACAGCUGUGUAUAACGUGGACACCACAAAGAUGAUAGAACUGGCCGCGGACAUAGCGUUCCCGCUGUGCGCUCUGAUCGGUGUGUGCACCAAUCUCGUCAACCUCACCAUCUUCGCCAAACUUGGCCUGAGAGACACUGUGACCGUCUCCUUCUUCUCUCUAUCUCUCUCCGAUUUCUGCUUUCUUUUUGUCGUCCUAGCCAACGCCGUCAACACCCAUCUUUUCAGCAGAAUAACAGGACAGUAUGUGAAUAAAUUCCACCUGAUGUACAUGGGCAUCUACGUGUAUACAAUGUUCUACGACAUCUCUGUGCUAACCACGACCUACAUCGCUGUUCAAAGAUGCUGCCUUGUAGCGCUGCCGUUAAAGUUUCGAGGAAUGUUCACGGCAAAAAGGAACAGUUUCAUCCUCGUGAGCAUUUACCUCGUGGCUCUCGCCUGCUACCUGCCCAUGUUCUUGAAGCAGCGCCUCGCGGAGCGCACAGACCCCGCCACCAACAGGACCUACCUCGCGCUCUGGCUCGCCCCCGACAGACCCGACUUCCUGGCUGCCCACGACCUGAUCAACCGCAUCUCUCUGCCCAUCGUCACUCAACUCGUCGUCAUCGUCUGUCUCGGGCUGCUCGUUUCCAACUUGAAAUCUUCUCGUCGCUUCCGGAAACGAUCUUCUGCCGUGACUACCAAAGAUGGCGACAAUAAUUCUGGGGCUUGUUCAGCGACCAGCAGCAGCAGCAGCAACAGGGAGGAUCAGGUGGUUCUGGCCGUGACCUUGGUGACUGGCGUCUACGUCAUCACAAACACACCCCAGAUUCUGUACGCGUUCACGCGGCGUUUUGUGUCCAGCUUCAACCUGUACCAGAGACACCACAACCUGUACAUGAUGGUCAACUUCUGCCGGAAUGUUCUCGAGUUUUUCAGCGCCUCGGUCAACAUGUUCAUCUACACCAGGUUCAACAAGAAGUUCAGAAACUUGCUCUUCCGCCUCCAAUAG